AUGUAUGUGAAGCUCGGUGUAAAGCUUGAGCUAAAGGCUAACUUACCACCGCAAACAGUACCAGACACUAAGAUAUUAUCCCUCUCGUUCGAUAUGGCGAAUGUAACAGCCGCGCCAACUGGACAAUGCUUCGCCUUAUUAGGUGCUACAGGGAACACUGGGCGUCUAAUAUUAAAAAAGCUACUACAGACGACGUCUCCUGGGAUAGAGAUCAACAUUUAUGUCCGCUCUCAUUUAAAGCUCGAGGGCCUCUUUCCUUCCCUAUCUUCCGACCCGCGAAUCACCAUCUUCGAAGGAAGCCUCAAAGAUAAAACUCUGAUCCUCAAUUGCCUUUCCGGAGCAAAUACAAUCAUCUGUACCGUUGGUGAAAAUGAGAAUAUCCCUGGAGUAUCCAUUUUGCGGGAUUGUGCCAGGGCUAUCCUCGACGCCCUAUCGUCACUGCGAGCCAGUACACCAACACCAACCGGGUGGGUACCGCCACGCUUGCUCUUGUUGUCGUCCGCAACAUGGAACCCUCGCUUUGCCGCUGAUCGACCAGUGUUGCUGCACUGGAUGAUUCGCAAUGCCUUUUCCCGGCCGUAUAGCGACUUAGUCAAAGCUCAACAAAUGCUCCUGGAUGUCCCUGAUCUCGUAGAUCUGCUUUUGGUCCAGCCUAAUGCGCUCGUCAAGGAGCCAGCAACAGGAUGCGUGAUCAGUUCAGAGUUUGCAUACAUCGCAGUAUCCUACGAAGAUCUGGCGGAUGGAUUUGUGCAGCUGGCCAGAUUGCCCGAGUAUGCGAAUACCGCUGCGAUUGGUGUGUCAAGCGCAAGAGCUGAAAAUCAAUUGCUGUAUAUGCCGUUUGUCAUCGGAAAGGUCAUUCGAGGCUUGUUAUUCCAAUUUGUGCCUGGGUAUUGGCAGGCGGAGUACGCUCUUUCUAGCCAUUUUGCUAGUCUAGGGGGAAAGACAAAGACCGGGUAA